UGCGUAUUCGGGGAAGGCAGCGGACACGAACAUAACACGAUAACAGGGAGACUGAAAUCCGUUAGAUAAGACGUGUACCCGUACACACCUAGGACAAGUACUGCAAGUACUGGGGGGACACAGGUUUAUCUGAGUGUGGUGAGAUAUACGUGGCAAGAAGCAAGAAAGAUAGCAAGGGCUCCCACCCAUACAGGGCACGACUUCCUGAGAUUGAUGUCAUUACAAAGCUGGUGCAUAAAGGUAUAUUUCAUCUUCCUUUUCAAGAGACUAAAACCAUUCUGCACCUGAUAGUCAUCACUUUUGACAAGUAGCACCUCAGAAUGAAGGACUGGUUGUGGUUAUCAGCUGUAGUGCUAUUGGGACUGUUCGUUUUAGGAUUAUGCUGGGUCUUCUUCUGGAAAUACUGUCCUUGUCGAGAGAGCGGAUAUCCAGAACCUGACCUUCCAACUCAUGUUGAGCGGCAAAUAUCUCAUGUAAGCCAAAGAGACUGGGGACGACCAACUUCUCCAUGGGCAUCUUCACCUUCAUAUUCCCCAUGGGCAUCUUCAUCUUCAUCUUCAUCUUCAUAUGCUCCAUGGGCAUCUUCAUCUUCAUAUGCCCCAUGUGCACCUUCACCUUCAUAUGCCCCAAAGAUUCGUCCACCUACUGUGCCUCGCAGGGCUCAAAUUCCACCAUCUGCUCCACACUCCUAUGCAUUGUCUCCAAAUAACAGCCCAAACUUGCAUUUGAAGUUUGUUGAUAUUCCAAUAAGUGACGUACUUAAGACAGACCAUGGCAUUACUACCUUAGACCUUCACCACAUGACUGUCAGAGAAGCCACUCAGACAACGAAUAAGUUCCUCCGCCAAAGCGUUGGUCAACAUAAGGUCAGAAUUGUUACUGGUAGGGGUUUACAUAGUGAAGGUGGAACACCCAAACUCAAACCAGCUAUUGCAUUACUUUUAAAGCGAAGAGGUUUUGAGUUUCGAGAGGUGAACAAUGGAGGAUGCUUUGAAGUAACUCUCUCUUAAUGUGUUAGUUACGUUAUGGUAGUAUAACGUAGAAGUUGGUAAAAUUAUUAAUUUUUUAAUUCUUAUUGUCUUGAGAAGAAGAAUUUUAUUUUUAUUUUAUUUUAUUUUAUUUUACGUUAACAAGAAUAAUUACUUGGCAUUUUAUUUUACUUUGAAUUUUAUGUCUUCAAUGGUUAAUUUGUGUUAUGUAUUUUAGAAAGACAACUAACUGCAUAUGACAACCAAUUUAAUUGGUAAUUUUACAAGAUUGUUAGACAAAUCAUGCGGAUGUAAACAAUUAGACUGGUCUAAAAAAAUUGGAUUAAAAACUCACUCAAUCCAUUUUGACAAAAAGUGAAUAUGAUUUUAAUUGGAGCUAUAUUUUUUAAUACUCAGAACUGGACUCGGAGCUAAUCCUUUGUUCCGCCUUCAUGAUAAUGAGAGUAGAAAUUUUGUGUUUCAUUUUGUUAAACUUUAAAAAAAAAAAUAUUUUUAAAUCACAUUGAUGAAUUCUUGAGGUUGUCACAGAGGCUUAAUUGUCUGCAUUCAUGGCUAUGUUGCAUAUAAAAUGUGAAAGUCAAGUUAUUUAAUAUGAAAAGUGUAAGAGUAAUAGCAAU